AUGACUGUGAAACGCUUCUGCGACAAUCUAACUGUUUCCUCUGAUAUUCUUGGUGAGCAAUUGAAGUUCCGCAAUGGAAAACUUGCUCAAAAUCGGUUUUUGAAAGCUGCUCUGACCGAGAGAGUCUCAACUUAUGAUCCGGAGAACCCACAGAAACAUGGACUUCCUACUGAAUUUAUUUUGAAUUUGUACGACAAAUGGGGACAUGGAAAAUUUGGAACAAUUCUCACAGGAAAUGUGCUUGUAGACCCAGUAAGUGUUUUUUUAAAAAUAUUUUCUAUAAUAGUUUUCAUUCAGACUAAUUUGGAGUCUGCUGGAAACGCCAUAAUUUUCAAAGAGGGCGAUGGAGAAGAGAGAAGAGCUCUUUUCUCGAAAUGGGCAAAGAACAUGAAACAAGACGGAGCUCUUGCCGUCGUCCAGUUGUCUCAUGGUGGACGUCAAACACCAAUCACUGUGGAACCAAAUCCAUGGUCUGCAUCUGAUGUGAAACUGAGCGGAGAACGUCGUUUCACUGCGUUUGGACAGCCAGUUCCAUUGACUGUUGAACAAAUCAAAACCCAAGUUGUCGACAGAUUCGUCUACGCUGCUAAAUUCGCUCAUGAGACCGGAUUCGACGGAGUUGAAUUGCAUGGAGCUCACGGAUAUCUUUUGGCUCAGUUCACUUCUCCUACUACUAACAAGAGAACUGAUCAAUACGGUGGUUCUAUUGAAAACCGACAGAGAAUCAUCCUCGAGAUAUACGAUGCCAUUCGAGCAGAAAUUCCAGCGUCUACUGGUUUCCUAGUUGGAAUCAAAACCAAUUCAGUUGAGUUCCAAGAGCAAGGAACAACUGUGGAUGAUGCAAAGGAGAUGUGCCAGGUUUAUGAAGACAAGGGAUUUGAUUUUGUCGAGCUGUCAGGUGGAACAUAUGAGAAGCUGGCUUUCCAUCACAUGCGUGAUUCUACUCGUAAUCGUGAGGCAUUUUUCUUGGAGUUUGCUGAGAAAAUUCGUCCAGUUUUCAAGAAUACCAUCGUUUACUUAACUGGUGGAUUCAGAACUGUCAAGGCUAUGGUGGAAGCAAUCGAAAAUGGAGCAACUCAAGGAAUCGGACUCGGUCGUCCAAUCACUGCGGAACCAGAUCUUCCCAAAAAGAUUUUGGAGGGAUCUGUAGCAUCUUCAAUCAAGAAUGCCCUUGAUGAGAAUGAUUUUGGAAUUACCAACUUGGCAAGUAACACUCAGAUGCAGCAGAUGGGAAGAAAUUCGUACCAACAGGCAAGCGAAAAGUGA